UAGACAUGGAAAAAAUAAUAAGAAUUGCACUGUUUAUAAUAUCUUUCGACGCAAUUCCUUGUCUUGGACAGGCGGUUGGUGGUGGAGAUGCCGGCCUGGCUCUUGUCACGAGCCUAUUUUCAAAUUAUAGUACAAUAGUUCGACCAAACAAGGAUUAUUCGAAACCGAUGAACGUUGAUCUAGACAUGAUCCUUGUUGGUAUAAAUGGCUUAGAUGAAGUUGAGGGUAAAUUAACAACAACUGGUUAUCUGUCCGUUGGAUGGACCGACGAAUAUUUAACCUGGAAAGAUGCUGGUGUCAUGCAACUGUAUAUUCCUCAAGAUAGAAUAUGGAAACCAGAUUUGACACUUAAAAACGGCUUUACAAAAUUGACUACACUUGGGUCCGAUUUUAUUCUAGCCAAGAUUGAGGCUACGGGAUUUGUAUGGUGGCAGCCGUUCGAGGUUUUUGAAUCUAAAUGUUCAAUUGACAUUACACACUUUCCGUUUGAUCAACAAACGUGCGACCUUGUUUUUGUUGUUUGGUCAUACUUCAUAGAUGACGUGAAUGUUACUAAAGGUACGAACGGAAUUGAAAUAGAAAAUAUGGAAGAGAGUGCGCAAUGGAGCAUAGUUUCAACUUCCGCAAAAGAGGAUAAAGAAGGAUCAGAGUCAAAGGUCACAUUUACACUUACACUACAGCGGAGCUCUGGGUAUUAUAUUUUCAACAUUAUUAUUCCGGUAAUAUUUCUAGGACUUUUAAAUGUGUUUACCUAUGUCCUCCCCGCGGACAGUGGAGAAAAGAUGGGUUACGCAAUGACGGUUUUCUUAUCAUUCUCCGUUUUUCUGACAAUCGUAAGUUCAGAACUACCCAAAUCGUCCGGAUCUUAUUUCGGAUAUUAUUUAAUGGCCUUACUAGGAUUUGGUGUAAUUACAGUUUGUGUUACGGCAUUUGAGCUCCGCAUGCAUCACUGGCAGAGCAGGGUACCAAAUUGGGUUAAAACAAUUAUACGAUGUGCAUGUUGUUGUUGUUGCUGCGAAGACAACCGUGUCGAUGAUGUGGAAAAUAAAAAGAAAGUAAGGAAGGUGACUUGGCCUGAUGUUACCGCUUUUGUAGAUUUUGUUAUGUUUUGGAUUUUGUUUAUAUCAUUUAUUGCGUUAACAGGAGUCGUAAUGGUUAUUUUGAAACUUAGGAUUAAAAUGUCAUUUUGAUUUCCUUGGUUUUUUAUAAUCUUUUCUAAAAUGUU